CGCAACACAAGCAAAACAGGGAAAAAUGGACUCAGGCGCAUCGGAGAUAGCACACGAUUUCCGUCCCUUCUUUAGAGUCCACCGGGGCGGACGCGUGGAGAGAUACAAGCCGUCCGAUAACGUCCACCCCGUCCCCGCAGGGCUCGAUCCGUCAACGGGGAUCGAGUCCAAGGACGUCGUCGUCUCGCCCGAGACCGGUGUGUCGGCCCGGAUUUUCGCCCGGAAGAUCGAUGGCCCGCACCGGAAGCUGCCUCUCCUCGUCCACUACCACGGCGGCGGGUUCUGCGCGGGGUCGCCGUUCGAUACGAUCGUGGACGAUAUUCUCUCCAAGAUGGUGACCCGGGCCCAGGUCGUCGCCAUUUCCGUCGGAUACAGGUUGGCCCCGGAGAACCCACUGCCCAUCGCUUACGAGGACUCAUUCGAAGCCCUAAAGUGGAUCGCACGCCACUCGGAUGGAUCCGGCCCGGAACCAUGGCUGAACCAGUAUGCGGAUCUCGGGCGGGUCUUCAUAGGGGGGGAGAGCGCCGGAGCCAACAUAGGCCAGUACAUGGCAGUCCGAGCCGGCGCGACUGGAUUGACGGGCAUCAGGAUCAAGGGCAUGCUGGUAGUGCACCCGUUUUUCGGCGGGAGAGAGACGAACGAGAUGUACAAGUUCAUGUGCCCGACGAGCUCUGGGCGCAACGACGACCCGAAGCUGAACCCGGCCGUCGACCCAGACCUGCCGAAGAUGGCGUGCGAGAAGGUGCUGGUGUGCGUGGCGGAGAAGGAUUCGCUGAGGGAUAGAGGGGUGGAGUACUACGAGACGCUGUGCGGGAGCGCGUGGAAGGGGACAGCGGAGCUUGAGGAGGCUAAGGAUGAGGGACAUUGCUUUCACGUGUUUAACAAGAGCGAGAGUGCUGAGCAAUUGUUCAAGAAGAUGGUUGAUUUCAUCACCAAGGACUAGACUAUAGAUUAGACACAUGAGGUGAAUGAAAAUACCAUUUUAAGGGCAUAAUGGUCUUAAAAGCCAUAAAUCUAUUGUACGGCGGCCAGUUCGGUUCAAGACCUUUCAAUUAUGUUAAUUUAUUCCUAAACCUUUUGUCAAUUUAA